ACAUCUUGAUGACAUCUCGCGCUGGUGUAGCACUUCUGUUCAAGGUUUACCCCAGCGGCCGUUUAUGUGUGAUGGAUACCACUCCACCACUAGCAGCGAUGUCAGGCGUCUGCGCUUAUUCGGGACCGGUAAUAUCGAGGAGACUAGCGGCAGGGUCCAAUUAAUCGGUUGUUAAUCGGUCCGGGAGAGAGGCGAGAACCAGUGUGGGCCGCAUCGUGGAAGGAUCCACGGAAGCUUUUCUUACCCAAGAAUAUACGCUUUGAUGUUGCGCCCUUCCGGCUCUUAAAAAGCCACCAGGAUUAUAGGUACCAGGCAAGGCCGCCAUCCGGAUUGUAUUUUAUCCCUCCCUAUGGAACAAAACAUGCAGCCAUCGUUGCAGGGGAAGCCACAACCCGCUCCACUGUUCACUGACUAUCCUCAAAAUGCUUCUUCAAUUUCCAGCGGGCAAGAUACAUGGAACCCUGCUGACGAGAUUCUACCUCCUGCACAUACCAACAGAACGCUGGUGUUGUGUUUUGAUGGAACCGGUGACCAGUUUGAUGAAGAUAACUCAAACAUCAUCCAGCUAUUCAGCAUGCUCGUCAAGGACAGUCCCGCUUUGCAGAUGGUCUAUUAUCAGGCCGGUAUAGGAACGUACACUAUACCGGAAAUAGCUACACCCGCGAUGGCCAAGCUUUCCAAGACUGUUGACAUGAUGAUUGGGAAUCAUCUCAACGCUCAUGUGAUGGGAGGAUACGAGUUUCUCAUGCAGAAUUAUGACGCUGGUGAUAAGAUAUGCAUAUUUGGGUUCUCAAGAGGCGCGUACACGGCGCGCGCGCUUGCUGGAAUGAUCCACAAAGUCGGACUUUUACCCCGCUGCAAUCAUCAACAGGUUCCUUUUGCCUACAAUAUGUACAGCCGUGAUGACGAAGAAGGUUGGGCACUAAGCUCUAAAUUCAAGAAGGCUUUCUCCAUCAACGUGGACAUCGAAUUUGUUGGUGUUUGGGAUACCGUCAGCUCUGUAGGACUGAUCCCUAAACGACUACCAUUUACGAAGGCGAACGAUAGUAUCAAGUACUUCCGUCACGCAAUUUCUCUUGACGAACAUCGGGUGCGCUUCAAGCCGAGUCUUUGGAUACGCGCGACCGAGGACCACAAGAAGCGUGGUGUUCAACGUGAACACAUGCCUCGCAGCUUCAAGAAGUUUCUCCCGAAAGUGCAGGAACUCCACAGUCGAAAUAGCCCAGACAGCGAUGCAACCAAGAAGUCACAUCACCAUCACGAGUCUCAGGAUCAAAUGGAACAAUUGUUUGCAACUGAAGACGCGGAGCCCUUCAGGGAGACGGACGUCGAAGAGGUUUGGUUUGCUGGGUGUCAUUGCGACGUCGGCGGAGGUUCUGUCCCGAAUGGUACCCGCAAUAGCUUAGCUCGCAUACCGCUUCGGUGGAUGGUUCGAGAAUUGUUCAAGCUUGAUAUCGGCAUCAUCUUCCACCGGAACAUGUUCACAAAAAUUGGCAUGGAUCCCAAGAUGCUCUACCCUGUAUCCGUAGCUAGGCAGCCUCGGCCUCCUCCAAUAUAUCAAACUCCGCAUGCCCCAUCUACUGGCUCGGGGAAAUUGACGGUCAAGGACCGUUUGACUCCAAAGCCUCAAAUUGUCACCGAUGAUCCUGCGAUGAUCGUCUAUAGUGACGGUUCUGCAUUCGUGAGCGAGGAACUUGAAGACUUGGCUGACGCUACCUGUCCGAUAUAUGACCAACUCCGCCUUGCACGUUAUUGGUGGAUUCUGGAGGCCGUUCCACAAAUGCUUCACUACCAGGAUGACAAGAGCAACAAUUUGGUUGACGAGUACACGAUAAACAUGGGGCGUGGCCGGCACAUUCAGCGCCAAAACCAUGGCAUCAAAAUGCAUAGGAGUGUCAAGAUUCGCAUGGAGGCGGAUAACCUCACAGGUGGAAAAUACUGGCCCAAGGCGAAACUAAAGGUGGAGCCUCAAUGGAUUGACUGAGCUGUUCCGACGCGAUUCACACAUUUAUGCGCUUGGCCUUCUUGUUUCUGGCCUGUAAUACGACUUCGUGAUAUAUUGUACGCCUGUACGUAGUACCUGCUAUACCGUAGUGGAUGACCUUGGAAUGACCUAUUAUCUUGACUGAUGCCCGUUGUUUAUUGCACGCUGUGGC